UUUAUAUCUUUCUAUUUAGCUGCAGUGCACAGACGUCAGACAGGUGUGUCAGACACAUUCUCUGGUGUUUGCCGUUGGGACUACCACACCUUUUGCCUCCAGAGUCAUCAAAUAACGGAGCUUGUUUGAUUGGGAUUCUCUCCCUUCUGGACAGGAGUCAUGAAAGUAGCAUCUUUUAACGUCCAGAAGUUCGGACCACAUAAAGUGUCGGACAAAGAUGUUCUCUCCUCUCUCAUCAAGAUUGUGUCUCGAUAUGGUAUAAUCCUGAUCCUUGAGGUGGUUGACAUCAAAGGAAAGGCCAUGACCACAUUUCUGAAGGAGCUGAAUAAGGCUAAUCCUAAGAAUCCCUACACCAUGCAGAUUAGCUCCAGGCUGGGACGCAAUUCCUACAAGGAACAGUUUAUGUUCCUCUACCGAGAGGACCUGGUGAAGCUGAAAGACACCUAUCAGUACGAGGACAACCAGGCGGGGGACGAAGAUGCCUUCGCCAGGGAGCCCUACAUACUGCGCUUUACCUGUGUGAACACAGCGCUGAAGGACCUGGUGCUGAUCCCAGUGCACACCAAGCCUGAGGACUCAGAGAAGGAGCUGGAUGAGCUCUAUGAUGUCUUUGAGGCUGUAAGGGAAAAGUGGAAGACUGAUGACAUCAUGAUCCUUGGAGACUUUAACGCAGACGGUGCUUACGUGUCCCGGAAGAAGAUGAAGAAGAUUAGAAUCCGCAGUGACAAGAACUUCCACUGGCUGAUUGGGGAUGAUGUGGACACCACUGCAAACACAACAAAUGACCACACCUAUGACAGGAUUGUUGUUUAUGGGGACGACAUGCUGGAAGCCAUAGUGCCCAACUCAGCUCAACCAUUUGAUUUCCACAAAGCCUUUGGCCUAACAGAGGAGAUGGCUCUAAAGAUAAGUGACCACUAUCCUGUGGAAGUGGAGCUAAGAGCGACCAAGACGAAGAGAAGAAAAGCGAAGUCUGCAGUCACUCCCAGAGCUGUGAAAAAGACCAAGAGAUAGAACAUACUUAGGAAUGAAGGGAUGAUAAUUUUGUGAAUGAUGGAAAGGAAGGAAAUUUUCACAUAUUGUAUUUUUAAGACUGAACAGGAAACAAUAUUAUGCAUUUCAAAAAAUAUAUUAAUUUCCAAAACUGUAGACAUGUCAGGGUUGUGUUAUUUGGAAGUGUUUUAUUUUUCUUUACAGUAGUCUACUUCAUGCUUCAUGUGUUAAUGGGCCAGUACUGACCAUAGUGUCAGAAAACAAACAUAC